AUGCAAUGUCCGACGCGGCAGCAUGAGGGCCAAAGAUUCAAGUAUGCUCUGUGUCCUGGUCUUGUCUCAGAACGUGUCCAAUUGUUUUGGUGCAGCAGCUUGCAGGACGAUGAGAUCAGAUCUCUUCAAGCGCGAAUUCGUUCGGAGUGUGGCUCCCGCAUUAAUGCCGCGAGCAAGAGUGCUGCAAAAACGGGACAGGGGCCAGCCCUCACCGGCCGCCUCUUCCGCGACUUGCCCAUCUCCCAGCGCACGCUUCGUGGCUUGGAGGCCUCAAAGUACACGAAGAUGACAGAAAUUCAAAGUGGAGCCAUUCCUCUUGCACUUUUUGGCCGAGACAUAUUAGGCGAAGCCCGUACGGGCUCCGGCAAAACGUUGGCAUUUCUCGUGCCGACCGUUGAGUGCCUAUACAGGCAGAAUUGGUCCAAGAUGGAUGGUCUCGGAGCUGUGAUUGUCUCUCCAACACGGGAGCUUGCAUACCAAAUAUAUCAGGUCCUCAUCAACGUAGGCCAGGAGCACGAGAUCUCAGCGGGCUGUAUCGUUGGUGGCCGUUCGCUUUCAGAGGAACAGCAGGCAGUUUCAAACAUGAGCGUACUGGUGGCGACACCAGGAAGGCUUCUUCAGCACUUGGAUGAGUCACCUGGUUUCGAUUCGUCUGCGUUGCUGAUGCUGGUCAUAGAUGAAGCCGAUCGGAUUCUAGACUUCGGCUUCCAGGAGACGAUCCACAACAUACUGGGGCACUUGCCCACACAGCGCCAGACGCUGCUAUUCUCAGCCACUUUGCACAGCAGCGUGCACAAGCUGGGGAGGGCUGCAUUGCGAUCGCCAGAGGUGGUCUCGGUGCACCACAAUGCGAAAAGUCGAACUCCUGAAACUCUGAAGCAGAUCUACAUGGUUGUUCCCUUGGAGAAGAAGGUCGACACACUCUUUUCAUUCCUCCGAUCGCAUUCACAGAAGAAGACCAUUGUGUUUGUGUCGACUUGCAAACAGGUCCGGUUUCUGUACGAGGCCUUCAAGAAGCUGAAACCAGGCCCAGCAGUGAUGGAGCUGCACGGGCGCCAAAGUCUGACCAAGCGGAUGCUCAUCUUCCAGCAAUUCAUGGAGCGUGAGCGGGCAGUGGCUUUAGUUUGCACUGACAUAGCUGCGCGUGGCGUGGAUUUUCCAGCGGUUGACUGGGUCGUGCAGGCAGACUGCCCUGAUACCGUGGACUCCUACAUCCACCGUGUUGGUCGCACGGCCCGAUACGAGAGCACUGGCAAGUCAGCGCUCUUCUUGUUGCCGUCUGAGAAGCCGUUCGUGGACAAACUGACCCAGGCUCGCGUGAGCUUGAAGGCGAUCGCUGCGAAGCAAUCCAAAGUGGUUUCUAUCCAACAGAAGCUGGCCUCUGUGCUAGCAGAGUCCGGUGACAUUCGCCACCUUGCUCAACGUGCGUUUGCGUCCUACAUCCGCUCAGUCAGGCUGAUGAAGGACAAAGAUGUCUUUGACAUCCAGGCCUUGUCAAAGGAAGCUUUUGCGGAGUCCUUGGGCUUGGCCGACGUGCCGGACAUCGGAGCAGAAUGGGAGGCGAAAGACGAGGACACAGAACACAAUAAGCUGAAGAAGCGAAAAAAUCAAUCGGCUUUACAGAGACUCAAGGAAAAGAUCAAAGAAAAGAAGAAGGAGAAGAUGCGGAGCCACAAAGAUGAGGAAGAGGAGGAGGAACUGGAGCUGAGCCAGCAAGACAGCUCGAAGAAGAAGAUCGGGAAGUGGGAGCGCCGACAACGGAGGAUUGCGGCAGCCAGCAAAGCGAGUCGCGAAUCCGUCGCAGAGGCAACACCAACUGAGGAGGACUUCUUGCAGCUAGUUGAGGGGCGACAAGCAGAACACGGCUCAGAAUCACGCACUGAAGUGCUCCCGCCUAGCAAGAAGCGGUUGAAGAUCCGCAAAGAUGGAUCGGCGGUGCAGGCAAGUGGCCAGCACGUUUUCUUCACAAAGCAUGGAGCACAAGCCUCUGAGCUGGCUCAGGUGGCAGACGAGAUGCGUACGGUAGCUAAUGUGCCAGAUGAAGGAGGAGAUAGAGCCAGCUUCCUGAAGCGAGUACAGGACGAACUUGCAACGCGAGAUUCAUCUGACGCGGCCUUGAGCCGUUCGCGCCUUCAGAAGCGCCACCAGACCAAGCGCCGCAAAGAGCGCGCAGCAAAGGGCGCGCAGCAGGAAGAUUUGAGCUCCGAGUCUCCAGGCAGCCCGCCUCCCUCGCCCGCUCGGCCAGCUCAGCGAGAGCGGCCGGAGCAGGCAGACGACGUGAAGCCAAAGAGAAAGGCUCUGCCUCCUCCCGUGUCCAAGAUUGCGAGCAUGGAUGACUUAGCAGACCUGGAAAAGAAGGCCUUGAACCGAUUGGGCGGGCUCUUCGCUUGA